AUGGAGAAGGAUAUUGAAGACAAUGAAAUAAUAAAAUUUCCAUGGAGCACUGAUUUGAAUGAAACAUUCAUCACAGCAUUAUCAUGGAACUUAUCUAACAUAUCAGAAGAAACUAACAACACUCCAGAGGAUGAUGGCGCUUAUAUUCCUUAUGGAUUACGUCCGGAAACUUACAUUGUACCUUUGGUAUUUGCUAUUAUUUUCUUCAUUGGUUUGAUUGGAAAUGGAACGUUAGUCUUGAUUUUUAUUCGCAAUAGAUUCAUGAGAAGCAUUCCCAAUACUUACAUAAUGAGUUUGGCAGUCGGAGACUUCUUGGUCAUUGUUGGAACGGUACCUUUCAUUAGUACCAUUUACACUUUUGACAGUUGGCCUUAUGGAACUGUCAUGUGCAAGGUCAGCGAAUUUUUAAAAGAUCUCUCAUCAGGCGUAACCGUUUUAACAUUGACUGUACUUAGCAUAGAUCGAUACAUAGCUAUAGUUAAACCUCUCCAUAAAUUUACAGGACAUGGAGGUAAAACAUUCACUUUGAUACUGGUUGCAGUAGUUUGGAUUAUUGCUAUUGCAAUCGCUAUCCCCGGAGCUCAUUAUUCUUACUUAUGGGAAGUAACGCUGUCUCCUGAUCGUGUAAUAUAUGUGUGUUAUCCUUUUCCUGAUGAUAUGAAACCUUGGUAUCCCCAAACAAUGAUACUGGUAAAAUUCUUUCUGUUGUAUACUGUGCCACUGAGUCUUAUUGCAGUCUUUUAUGCUUUGAUGGCCAGAUACUUGUUCUCUGCAUCCAGAGAUAAUUUUGAGGGAAAUGAUAGUCAUAUCCAGAAGAGACGAGGACGAACUAAAGUCGCUAAAAUCGUUUUGGUAUUUGUUGUUUUGUUUGCAGUUUGCUUCUUCCCAAGUCAUGUUUUUAUGCUCUGGUUUUAUUUCCAACCCAAUUCAUUGGAUAAUUAUUCAACAUUCUGGCAUUGUUGGAAAAUCUUGGGUUAUGUCCUUAUAUUCUUCAACAGUUGUUUGAAUCCAAUUGCCCUUUAUUUCAUUAGUGGCGUGUUUCGAAUGCAAUACAAGAAAUAUUUGAUGUGCUGGAAGAAAAAGCCUAGAAAGAACUAUCUGAGCACCUUCAAAACUCUUCCCAGCUCAUCAAAUCGCAGUACCGUACGAACGGCGUUAGUUACAAGAAUGUAAUUUCUUGUGAAUGUUUUCUUAACCCAUACCUGGUUGUAUAAAUAAAUCAUCUGAUUAAGCCAUCAACCUUGAAUGUAUGCAUGUGUUCUCGUCUUGUUAGUAUCAAUGUAUUGUAAGUAGUAUUGAUGUUAGAAGUAGUUCUAACAGUAAAAUAAAUUAUUUCUUGCUGUUAAUUCUUAGUGUAAAAUAAAUUCUUUUUCGCUGUUAAUUCUGAGUGUAAAAUAAAUUCUUUCUUGCUGUUAAU